ACUUUAAAUGAAAAAAUCGUAAUGGCACUUCCAAUUGCUCCGGUACUCUGGGCCGAAUUGGGCCCCAUGGACUUUUCUUCAGUUUUGGACAAGGGAAAACGUAACGUUAUUAUGUCGGAAGGACAGUACUUAUAUGUAUACCUUCGGGGCGGCUUAAUUGGAAACGACAUGUUAAACAAACCGUCAAUAUGCGAGUGGUAACCACAACUGAUGUUUACGGAGGGACUUCCUGUCAUUUCUGUUGUUCAAAACUAGAUUGUGCUGAAUACAACAUGGAUGCUGCCAUGACGUCACACUAGCUCAAACAAUGCAUCCUUACUUAAUGUCAUUACGCCAGAUGUUACGUGGUAUCUCUCAAACAUUUCAACACGACAGCUAGUCAAGUUAUACUGUGAUCCCUUAAAAAACCCAGCCAAGGAUGUGAGAUAUGGUUAAAUGUAAACAAUGCAAAUGUUUACUCCAGGAAAUCAUGGUCGGCCAGAGACAAUUCAACUCCCCAUGAUGUUCUGGUCUUUCAUCUUUAGAAAUCUGAACACAAAGAAGUUAUUGUCCUUGUUGGGUGUACUGUGUUUACUGGUAGUGGUAUUCGAUUUCAUCAUGCUGACGAAACAAAGAGGAUAUUAUCUAUCUCGAAACUACAGGACCUUGGAAACUACUUCUCAUAUAUUCUCAGACAAAUUGAAUAGCGGUUCAAAAACAGCUGUGACUCAUGAUAAUUUAAACCGGACAAGAAAUAAAAACUUAACAGAAUCUACAGGACAUUUGAAAAAUGUAAGUGAAUUGCAAUCAAGGAUUUCAAAUAUCAUCACCAUAUUAAAACAAUCCUUUCAAAAGAAUCGGACUAUUUCUUCUGUUCCGGUAAAGACAAAUGAUUCCGUCCAUCUACAGAACUGCAUUGAUUGUCGUCCAGACAAUUGCACUGAUUGUUUUAAACACAACUUCAGCUUCGUACUUAAUAAUGCAAAAAUAUGCAAAACUUUGUCCGGAAAUGCAAAACAGGAAGUUACCAUUCUUAUAUUAAUAUUUACUUCGCAUGCGCGAAGAAAACAACGUGACGCAAUUCGUGAGACAUGGUUAACGUAUUCUAAAAAUAACACAUCCAACGUUAGGUAUGCCUUUUUACUGGGAUUAACAAACAAUACAGAUUUAAACCAGGCAGUGUUAGAAGAAAACAAACAGCACGCGGAUCUAAUACAGGAAAAUUUUACAGAUUCGUAUUUCAAUCUGACGUAUAAAACAAUGAUGGGAUUUAAAUGGGCGACUUCGCAUUGUGCGCACGCGCAGUUUGUUUUAAAGACCGAUGAUGACAUGUAUGUCAAUGUUCCUGUUUUAGUUAAUCUCACGCGCACCAACGCCGAACGUCUCCAGUCAGCCGUAGGCGGGAACUGUUACCUCUCAAACCAGAGACCAAUACGGGAUAAAUAUUCCAAGUGGUAUGCAUCUAAUGUAAGUUACCCACAGGACUUUUAUCCGGGGUUUUGUUCCGGAACUGGAUACGUUACAAGUAUCAAAGUUGUUCAAAAAGUAUUUAAUAUUUCCAAAGAUGUUCCAUUUUUCCACUUAGAAGAUAUAUACGUGUCGUUGUGCCUGAAGAAGCUAGGGUACACGUUGUUGCCUCUGUAUGGUUUCCAUAACCACAGAGUACGAAUUAACUACUGUAACUAUAAAAGUGCCUUUGUGGUGACGUCACAUGAAGUGUCACCUGACCUGCUGAGGUCAAUAUGGACCAAGAACUGUAAACCAUACAGACUAGGAAUGAGGAUACUGGGAUUCGUAGUUGCAAUAACAUUCUUCUUUAUGUUGUGUCUUUGCUCCAUGGUUCAAUGAUUUGGCUGAAGUUAUGGAUAUGCUACAUGGUUCAAUGAUUUGGCUGAAGUUAUGGCCAUGUUGCAUGGUUCAAUGAUUUGGCUGAAGUUAUGGCUAUGCUACAUGGUUCAAUAAUUUGGCUGAAGUUAUGACUAUGCUACAUGGUUCAAUGAUUUGGCUGAAGUUAUGACCAUGCUGCAGGGUUCAAAGAUUUGGCUGAAGUUAUGGCCAUGCUGCAGGGUUCAAAGAUUUGGCUGAAGUUAUGGCCAUGCUGCAGGGUUCAAAGAUUUGGCUGAAGUUAUGGCCAUGCUGCAUGGUUCAAUGAUUUGGCUGAAGUUAUGGCCAUGCUCCAUGGCUCAAUGUCUUGCCUGAAUUUAUGCCUUUGUUUUAUGCGUCAAUGAUUUAUCCGAAGUUGUGACGUGUCUCCAUGGUUCAAUGGCUAGCCUGACGGUAUGUCUUUGUUCCAAGGUUCAAUGAUUUGCUUAAGGUAUUACCGUGCUCCAUGGUUCACUGAUUUACAUGAAGUUGGGAUUUGUUCCAUGGUUCAAUGACUAGCCGCCUAAAGUUAUGUCUUUAUUCCAAGGUUUCCCUAAAUGUAUGACUUUGAUCCCUGGUUUAAUGUCUUGCCUGAAUUUAUGUCUUUGCCAUAUGUCUGUGCCAUUGAAGGUAUGCUUUUGUCCCAUUGUCAACUGAUUUUCCUUAAAUUAUGUCUUUGUUUAACGCGUCAAUGAUUUUUCCAUAAGUUAUGUCUUUAUUUUACGCGCCAGUGAUUUUCCUCAAAUUAUGUUUUUGUGCCAUGGAUCUAUACUUUGCCAAUAUAGCGUGUCUUUAUCGCAUCGUUAAAUUAUUUGAUAUGGUAAUAUAUCUUAAUUCUAAAAGUGUAUGUUUCAGUUCAAUGAUUAGUCAUAAAACUUUCGGCAAAAUAAUGGAUCUAUGUCUUUGUUCCACGACUCAAUGAUUCAUGUUAAAUCAUCAGGUAUGAAGUAUACAUUUAUAACAUGUUUACCAGUGAAUCGUCACUGCUUAUAUAAUCACAGUGUUAUCCCCUUUGUGACCGAUCAAAACAACGCUUUCUAUUCACCGCAUUGACAUCUGCCGAUGUUUGGUUGAAAUCCAAUGGAAAAAAGGUUAAGUAGUUACUUUGCUGCAUUUCUGCAAUAUACAUGUAUAUUACAACCUUUUUUAUAUACAAUACUUGUUUCACAUCAGUUUUGUAAGCUGAACCUACCAGGUAACACCAAAAAAACAUUAACGUUGAUUAGCCCGUUAAAAUAGCGCUGUCUUUUGAAGUAUAUGUUACAGAUUAUCUACGCAAAGCUUUGCCUCUUUUUACUUUUAAAUGAAAAGAAUAUACCGAUAUUUUUCACUCGUGCUCCACACGUAUGAAAGUUUUUACUACCCUCGUUAUAUGUUAUGGUUAAGGGGUAUAAUACCUUUGCUCCAUGGCUAGAUUAUUUAAAAUGUAACAAGUUUCCGUAAUCUAAAUCUAAUGUGAAACUAAUUUUUUGUUUCAACCUCAUCAUGUAAUGACGUCUAACCGUACAAUGAGACUGGCAAAAUGGCGAUUGUGCUCAACAAGGAAUUGAUAGUUGUCCUGAUUAUUUUUAUAAAACUUACCUAAUCAUGCAAGCUGUACUGUUGAAUCUCGGAUGUUUUUACCACGUGCCUACCGUGCAAUUUAUAUUUUAUCAAGUAACUGACAUGCUAUUUACUUUUUAUCACGUGACUGAUAUGCUAUUUAUAUUUUAUCACGUGACUGACAUGCUAUGCAUUGGAUAUAGAUAUGCCAUACUUGAAUACCAUGACGACCAAUAAAAAACUUUUGAUAUCUAAA